AUGGGCAAUUUCAAAGAAAUUGAUGUGAUCUUAAUCCUACCGUCAAACCUUCAAAAGCUCGAAGAUGUUUACUGGAGCCCAAGGCCCAAUUGCCUGAAGGUGACCAGUCCCAAAAUGGCGAAAUUCGAACCAGUCUUUCACGGUUCACCCGCCGUUCACGAGCCCAUGAUGGCGACGACGCCUCACAGAGUCACACACAGCCACGAGGACGACGCCUCUCAGUCACGGUCUUACCUAGCUUCAGCCUUCAGCGGUUCAGCCGGAAAAGAUCCUAAUUCAUUUCAUAGAAUUGUUGAGAGGUCAUACGAAGACUUGAAGAACCAGUCUCAACACAUACAAAAUGUGUUUGAAAAUUUUACUUCUGAACAAAUUGCAAACAAUCGACUGCAGUUAAAAGCUUCAAUUGAAGUUGUUCGAAUGCUGGCAUUUCAGGGUAUUGCUUUUAGAGGUCGGGAUGAAAGUGUGGAUUCAACGAAUUGUGGAAAUUUUCUUGAAAUAUUGAAUUUGAUAGUUUCAUAUAAUGAACAAAUUGCUGAAGUGAUAGCUAAAGCUCCAAAAAAUGCCUCUUACACAUCACCAAUGAUACAAAAAGAAAUUUUACAUAUUUUUUCAACCAAAGUGAAGGAGACAAUUCGCAAAGAAAUUGGUAAUGCAAAGUUUUGCAUAAUUGUUGAUAAAGCUCGUGAUGAGUCAAUGAAGGAGCAAAUGGCUAUAGUUUUAAGAUUUGUUGAAAAAGAUGCUUUUUUAGCGAUUGAAAAUAUUCGAGGGCAAGGAUAUGACGGCGCAAGUAACAUGCGAGUGGCGGCAUCAAAGGAAGUUAUUCCUGUUCAUCAAUUUUUUACUAAUUUGACUUCUAUUGUCAAUAUCGUUUGUGCUUUGUGCAGUCGAUUUGAAGAAUUGCGGAUUGCCCAAACUGCUGAAAUUGCUUACCUAAUUGAAAUUGAUGAGAUUCAGAGUGGAAGGGGAUUUAAUCAAAUUAGUAAUUUACAACGGGCUGGAAAUACUCGUUGGAGUUCUCACUUGAGAUCAGUUUCUAGCUUGAUCAAAAUUUUUAGUCCAGCUUGUGAAGUUCUUCUUAAAAUAAUUGAUGUGGGAACUUCUUCUUCCCAACGAGCAGAAGCAGAUUCAGUUUAUCAGGUGAUGACUUCAUUUGAAUUUGUCUUCAUCUUGCACCUCAUGAAAGAAACAAUGCAGAUCACUGAUCAUAAUAUGUCAAGAAUUGCAAUCAAAAUCUCAUGA